AUGAAACCAAUAACAGAUUCUAAUCAAAGAACAAAGACUCAUACAUAUCCACAAUCACACAAUCCAACAACCUCUUCUGAAUUUAAUGAAGUGUCAGGUGAUAAUCUCGAAAUGGAAGUUAAAGCCUUACAAAAAUUAUCAUUAUCAACAAAUCAGGGAAAUAACGAUAAACAAGGGAGAGGGGAGAGGAGGAAAAAAUUUAAUGAAGUGUCAGGUGAUAAUCUCGAAAUGGAAGUUAAAGCCUUACAAAAAUUAUCAUUAUCAACAAAUCAGGGAAAUAACGAUAAACAAGGGAGAGGGGAGAGGAGGAAAAGAGAAUCAGGGGAGUUGAUAGAUAAGGAAGAAGAAUUUAAAGAGGAUCCACCGUCUCCAACAUCACCACGUGAUCCAGAGAGAGAAGCACCUGUUUUUACCGAAGAGGAAGAUGGCACAUCGGAAGCUGCCUCAUAUCGAUUUGAAACAGAUUCUAACUGGCAAGACGAGUCAAAUAUAGAGUUUGGAGAUGAUCCCGAUUAUAAAAUUUGGUCGGACGAUGAAGGAAUCGAUCCACACACGGACAUAUGGGCCUGGUCAACAGAAAAGGACCGUAACGAAAAAGAAAGUUUGGAAGUGGAUGAGAAAAAGGCAUCUUCAGAAAAUAAUAAUAAUAAUGGCAUUAUAGCCAAUAUGCUGAAAAAAGUUAUUGGAAGACACGAAUCAACCGAUCAGCAAAAUGGUGAAAAUCAAGACGGUAAUAACUCCAUCUCUUCAUCUGUUCCACAGGACAAGAAGGCUAAAAUUCCAACAAAAAAUAAUGACGGUAACGAUAAUCCUUCUUUAUCCAACAAUAAUGUAAAUAGUUCAAAAAGCAAUGAUCUGAAGAAUAAUCAUCAAGAAAAAAAAGGUAGUAAUCAAGAAAAUGAAGAUAGUGAUAGUGAUAGCGAUGAUAACUAUAAAGACUUGGAUUAUGAUAAAAUAGAUCGUGAUGAGUCGUAUUAA